GUUAUGGACAGACCGGCCCUCAGUCUCAGAGUCCAGGAUACGACUCCAUCGCCUCGGCAGUCUCAGGGAUGAUGCACAUCACCGGGCCCCGAGGUCAGACUCUGUUCUACACUGAUGGAGAGCCGGUGAGGCCCGGAGUCGCUAUGACAGACCUGGCGACGGGGCUGUACGCACACGGAGCCGUCAUGGCCGCUCUGCUGCAACGACACAAGACAGGAAGAGGAGUUUAUAUCGACUGUAACCUGCUGUCCUCACAGGUUUCCUGUCUCACUCACAUCGCUGCAAACUAUCUGAAUGCAGGAAAGGAGGCGAGGCGGUGGGGAACGGCCCACGGGAGCAUCGUACCUUACCAGGGCUUCACAACCAGAGACGGACACAUCGUCGUCGCCGCGGGCAACGACAAGCAGUUUGUAAAAGUCUGUCAAGUUCUGCAGCUGAUGGAGCUCACAGAGGAGCCAAGAUACAAAACCAACAAACUCAGAGUCCAGAAUCGCAAACAGCUGCUGCACAUACUGUCACAGAGGUUUUUGCAGGAGAAGACAGCUGAUUGGCUGCAGAGAUUUCAGGGCUCAGGUGUUCCUGUCGGACCAAUCAACAACAUCCAGGAAGUCUUCUCCGACGCUCAGGUCAGUCAGACACACGGUGACGGACGGCUGUCACACUGA